AAGACUCUGUCUUAAAAAGCUAGUGGAGUCAACACCCUAGCAUUUUCAUAUAUUCUCCUCCCUUAGCUUAAAGUCUCUUCAGUGCUAAAGCUUAAACACAGGACUGUCUCUUCAGCGUUAAGAAAAAGAAAGGUGUAUUAAGCUUCCAAAUUUGGCUUUAGACCAUUAAUUUUCUUGAGCCGCCCAAAUCAAUCCUGAAAUGGCGAACGUUGCAGUGGAAUUUCUGGUGGAGAACUUGAUGCAGUUGCUGCGCGACAACGCGGAGCUGAUACUUGGAGUUAAGGAGGAAGCAGAGAGUCUGCUAUCAGAUCUCAAUGAUUUCAACGCGUUCCUCAAGCAAGCUGACAAAUGUCGCAACGAGAACGAUGUUCUGAAAGAGCUGGUGAAGAAGAUUAGAACAGUCGUUAACUCUGCUGAAGAUGCUAUUGAUAAGUUUGUAAUUGAAGCUAAGCUUCAUAAAGAUAAGGGAGUAAGCAGGUUUGUAGACUUUCCUUAUUAUUAUAAAAGAGUGAGGGACGUAGCUAGUGAGAUCAAAGGUAUUAGAACUAAAGUCAAAGAGAUCCGUCAGAAUAAUUCAUAUGGUCUUCAGGCACUUCAAGAUGGUGAUCAAUCUGCCAGAGGUGUCGAAGAAAGAAAGCCUCCGGUGGUAGAGGAAGAUGAUGUGGUGGGAUUUGAUGGGGAAGCGGACAAAGUAAUCGAUCGUCUUCUUGGGGGAUCAAAUUGUCUGGAAGUUGUUCCAGUUGUUGGUAUGCCUGGUCUCGGUAAAACGACGCUAGCAAAUAAAAUUUUCAAGCAUCCUAAAAUUGGGUACGAGUUUUUUACUCGUAUUUGGGUUUAUGUAUCUCAAUCAUACAGGAGAAGAGAAUUAUUUCUCAACAUCAUCAGCAAAUUUACUCGAAAUACCAAACAAUACCAUGGGUUGUGUGAGGAGGAUUUAGCUGAUGUAAUACAAGAAUUCUUGAGAAAGGGAGGAAAGUACUUGAUUGUCUUGGAUGAUGUAUGGUCCGAUGAAGCUUGGGAACGUAUCAAGAUAGCUUUCCCAAACAGCAACAAAUGCAAUCGAGUAUUGUUGACCACUCGAGAUAGCAAAGUCGCUAAACAAUGCACUCCUAUACCUCAUGAUUUGAAAUUUCUGACGGAAGAUGAAAGUCGGAUUUUACUGGAGAAGAAGGUUUUCCAUAGGGAUAGAUGUCCUCCUGAAUUGGAACUAUCUGGACAGAGCAUAGCAAAAAAAUGCAAUGGACUACCCCUUGCGAUUGUUGUUAUUGCGGGUGCACUAAUAGGGAAAGGCAAGACAUCAAGAGAGUGGAAACAAGUGGAUGAGAGUGUGGGUGAACACCUCAUAAAUAGACACCAACCUGAGAAUUGUAACAAAUUGGUGCAGAUGAGUUAUGAUCGCUUGCCUUACGACUUAAAAGCAUGCUUUUUAUAUUGUGGUGCAUUUCCCUGUGGCUUUCAAAUCCCUGCUUGGAAGUUAAUCCGUUUGUGGAUCGCGGAGGGAUUCAUACAGUAUAAAGGCCACUUAUCUCUUGAGUGUAAAGGAGAGGACAACUUGAAUGAUCUCGUCAACAGGAAUCUAGUGAUGGUAAUGGAAAGAACAUCUGAUGGUCAAAUCAAGACAUGUCGUGUUCAUGACAUGUUGCAUGAGUUUUGCAGGCAAGAAGCUAUGAAGGAAGAAAAUCUUUUCCAAGAAAUAAAGCUAGGUUCUGAGCAAUAUUAUCCUGGAAAACGAGAACUAUCCACCUACCGUCGCUUAUGCAUUCAUUCCUCAGUUUUAGAUUUUAUCUCUACAAAACCCUCAGCUGAACAUGUCAGGUCAUUCUUAUCUUUUUCUUCGAAAAAGGUUGAGAUGCCAUCUGCCGAGAUCCCAACCAUACCAAAAGGGUUUCCAUUGCUAAGGGUUUUAGAUGUAGAAUCCAUCAACUUCAGUCGCUUUUCCAGGGAGUUUUACCAGUUAUAUCAUUUGAGGUAUGUUGCUUUCUCAUCUGACUCGAUCAAGAUGCUUCCUAAACUCAUGGGAGAACUUUGGAACAUCCAAACCCUCAUAAUUAACACGCAACAACGCACUCUUGAUAUUCAAGCAAACAUAUGGAAUAUGGCACGACUAAGGCAUCUGCACACCAACUCUUCUGCUAAAUUGCCUGCCCCUGUUGCUCCAAAAAGUAGUAAAGUUACUUUGGUAAAUCAAAGCCUCCAAACUCUCUCCACAAUUGCUCCCGAAAGCUGCACAGAAGAAGUGUUUGCAAGGACUCCAAACCUGAAAAAGCUGGGCAUCCGUGGGAAAAUAGCUGUGCUUCUUGAACCUAAUAAGUCUGCGUCGUUGAAAAAUGUUAAGAAGCUAGAAUACCUUGAAAACUUGAAGCUGAUAAAUGAUACUAGUAAUCAAACAGGAAAAGAGUUACGCCUUCCGCCUGCAUAUAUAUUUCCAACAAAGUUGAGGAAGCUGACUUUAUUAGAUACCUGGUUGAAAUGGGAAGAUAUGUCUAUAUUGGGACAGUUGGAACACCUUGAAGUCCUGAAGGUGAAAGAAAAUGGGUUUACGGGAGUGUGCUGGGAGUCAGUUGGAGGUUUUUGUUCCCUACUGGUGUUAUGGAUUGAAAGGACAAACUUAGCUACUUGGAAAGCAUCAGCUGAUGACUUUCCAAGACUUAAGCAUCUCGUUCUCAACUCCUGUGAUAAACUUAAGGAAAUCCCCAUUGGCCUGGCUGAUAUACGCAGCUUCCAAGUGAUAGACUUGCAAAAUUCCACCAAAGCAGCAGCAAUAUCUGCACGGAAAAUACAAGCCAAAAAAGACGAGCAAACUCAAGGAGGGACUAAAAACAUUGGCUUUAAGCUUUCCAUAUUCCCUCCUGGUCUCUGAUUGCUACUGGAUCUGCAGCUUCCUUUACAGGUCCUCAAUGAAUCACAUUGCAUGAUGCUGGUACCUUGGAUAAAGAAAAAACCUCUAUCAAGCGUUUUUAUAGUUCUUGAGUCGAUGUCUGUCUUUCAUGCCUUUCAUGUGUUGUCUUCUUGAUUGUGGUCAUAAGUUUUGUGGCUGAAAUUGUAUGUUGUUCAUUUGUGGUACGUUAAACCGUAAGAACAGUGUCCUCUGCACUAGCAAUAAAAAUUGAUGUAUCGUGUA